CGGCCAAGGCCGAGUCGCCCCAGUUUGAUCUAGAAACAUCAAGUUUUGUCGAGCUGCUAUUGUCUGUCAUCCACCUCACCCAACCGGGACGCGCCGCACCGCUACCAGUCUCUGUAAAAGACCGCCCGUCCGCCGUCGACUGCUCGUUUACGGGACGACCCUCGCUCUACUUCGCGCUCCCAUUGCUCUAGCUCGGUUACUAACCAGCCAGCGCCAACCAUCCGCAGUACAUACCUGAUUGUUGCUCUCUUUGCUCGAGAAGCCCCCCACCACACCCAGUCGCCGGCGCAUCUGUGCCCCUGCCGUCGACGUCACUUGAAACAGUCCAUCGCGCAUUGCACGACGCUGCUAUGGCUGCGCUUGGCGACGACUUGCUGGGGACGGUCAACAAGUUGCAGGAUCUCGUCUUCAAUACCAUUGGCAAUGACUCGCUGGAUCUCCCGCAAAUUGUCGUUGUUGGGUCUCAAUCCGCGGGCAAGUCGUCGGUUCUCGAGAACAUUGUCGGCCGAGAUUUCCUCCCUCGUGGCAGCGGCAUUGUCACUCGUAGGCCCCUCAUCCUGCAGCUUAUCAAUGUCCCCAGCGAUGACGCCGAAGAUGAAGUCAACGUCGGCUACCGAAACCUUACUCAGGCCCCUCGGAACGAGUGGGCUGAGUUUCAUCAUAUCCCCAACCGACGGUUCAACGAUUUCGGCGACGUGAAGCGGGAGAUUGAGAACGAGACGGCGAGAGUCGCAGGAACCAACAAGGGGAUUAACCGUCAGCCCAUCAACCUCAAAAUCUUCUCCCCACACGUUCUGAACCUUACCCUGGUCGACUUGCCGGGUCUCACCAAGGUGCCCAUUGGGGACCAGCCAACAGACAUUGAAAAGCAAACACGGAACCUGAUAUCCGAGUACAUCGCCAAACCAAACAGUAUAAUCCUGGCCGUAUCGCCAGCGAAUGUCGAUAUUGUGAACUCGGAAGCCCUGAAGCUCGCCCGGCACGUCGAUCCGCUGGGGCGCAGGACGAUUGGCGUGCUCACCAAAGUCGACCUGAUGGACCACGGGACGAACGCGCUCGAUAUCUUAUCCGGGCGCGUGUACCCUCUGAAACUGGGUUGGAUCGGAGUGGUGAACAGGUCACAGCAAGAUAUCCAAGGAAACAAGCCCAUGGAGGACGCCCUCAAGUCUGAGGCCGAGUUUUUCAAGCAUCAUCCGGCUUACAGGAACAUUGCGACACGCUGCGGGACGCAGUUUCUGGCCAAGACGCUCAACACCACGCUGAUGGCCCAUAUCCGGGACCGCCUCCCGGAUAUCAAGGCUCGGUUGAAUACCCUCAUGGGCCAGACCCAACAGGAACUCGCCAGCUAUGGCGAUAUGCAUUUCAGCGGCAAGGAGCAUCGCGGAUCGCUCAUCCUACAGCUCAUGACGCGCUUCGCCACGUCCUUCAUCUCGUCGAUUGACGGCACCUCGACCGAAAUCUCGACAAAAGAACUCUGCGGCGGCGCACGCAUUUACUACAUCUUCAACUCGGUCUUUGGAAGCUCGCUGGAGUCGAUUGACCCUACCUCGAACCUAUCUGCCCUUGAUAUCCGAACCGCUAUCCGCAACUCUACAGGCCCGCGGCCCAGUCUGUUUGUGCCCGAGAUGGCUUUCGAUCUGCUAGUAAAGCCCCAGAUCAAACUUCUCGAGGUUCCAAGUCAACGAUGCGUCGAGUUGGUGUACGAGGAACUGAUCAAGAUUUGCCAUACCUGCGGCUCCACCGAGCUCUCGCGGUUUCCCAGGCUGCAAGCAAAGCUCAUCGAGGUGGUCUCGGAUCUCCUUCGAGAGCGUCUUGGCCCCGCAUCGGCAUACGUCGAGUCACUCAUAUCGAUCCAGCGGGCCUACAUAAAUACGAACCACCCCAACUUCCUCGGUGCCGCUGCUGCCAUGAGCCAUGUCGUUUCCAACAAGCAGGAGCGGGAAAGGAAGCGUCUGAUUCAGGAGGAGCGGGAGCGGCGAGAGCGGAGGCGGAUGAAAGAGCUCGGCGUCAACGGCACAGACACUCCAGCCGAUGAAGACGAGGACGUUGCCGCCGCCGACAAGACAGACACGAUUGCUGUGCGGAAAGCCCCUGGGAAAGGUGCGCGCAGUCUCUCGCCGGCCGUGCGUGACACAGCUUCUGGGGGCAUUGCUGCCGCGCUCAAUGGCCCUAGGUCCUCGUCUCCCUCCCAAUUUAACGGGCAAUCUUUGGGCCACGCCAAGGAUUCGUUCCUGAACUACUUCUUCGGCAAAGACGGUGCCAUCGUGCCGGGGGGUCCACUUCCGAACGCAAACAUCGGUCGCCACGUGAGCCAGUCGGUAGAGCCGACUUUCAGCCAGAGCAUCAGGCGGCCGGAGGAGAAGCCAUUGCGGUCGCCGAUGCUGCCUAUCCGGGCUGAUGAUAGCCUGGAUUUCACUUCCAAGGGAAGCGACUCAUUGGAGCCUGCCAUGACUGACCGCGAAGCUAUGGAGACGGAGCUGAUCCGGGCCUUGAUCAGUUCCUACUUCAACAUCGUCCGGGAGAGCAUCGCGGACCAAGUGCCUAAGGCUAUCAUGCAUUUGCUGGUCAACCACUGCAAGGAUGUGGUCCAGAACCGGCUCGUCAGCGAGCUGUACAAGGAAUCUCUCUUCGAGGAGCUCCUUUACGAGGAUGAUGCGGUCAAGAAGGAGCGCGAAAAGUGCGAGAAGCUGCUCCUGACGUACCGCGAGGCGGCCAAGAUCAUUGGCGAAGUUGUAUAAGCGGAGAUGGUUGUUUGCAAACUCGGAGCGGUGCACUGGCCUUAUUUCUCUUUUGAAGCUGAUGUCCUGUAAAUGUAACUCGCUUUUGAAGAUGAGCGGAGAUAGGCGGAACGGUUUGCUG